GAGAACUGAACACAGCAGACAACAUCAUUUUACCAACUCAGGUAGAUGUAUCUCUAAAAAACAGUGGAGCUUUGGAGGGGGAAACACAUCAAAGGAGGGCAAGAUGGCCCAAGAUAUGACUGAGAAGGAGCUCCUAAAGAUGGAAAUAGAUCAACUGAAAAAAGAAGUGAAGCUCGAAAGACAAAUGAUCUCCAAGACAGCUAAAGAACUCAAGGAUUAUAUAGAAUCCAUGGCUGCUGAAGAUCCUCUCUUAAAAGGUGUCCCAGAGGACAAGAAUCCAUUCAAGGAGAAGGGAGGUUGUAUAAUAAGCUGACCACGGCCCCACCCAGAGAAGAUCUUUGUUGCCCUCCGUAUACAAUACCGAGACUGUGUGGAUUUUACUUACCUGUCUAGUAUAACUGAGUCUAAAUGGAUCUUCUGCAGGGGCAAAACAAUAAAUAAAUAAAUUUGGACUCCUUUGCUGGGAUUUAACCUUCCUAAAGAACAAGGAAAUUGGGGAAAGAGGUCUCCACCAAGAUAAACAACGGAAAAGACAACUUCUGUUUUACGAGUUCGAGUCUCACUUGUUUUUUGUAAAUACACUGCAGUUUGUACACGUUUCCCUAUGAAGCUGGCUUUUAAUUGAUGUUUUAAACAAACACACAAGCAAAACGUAGACUUUUCAGUUUCAUUGGUUUAGUGUUUCUAG